AUGCCAGUUGCUGUAAUUAGCGGAGCUUCGUCUGGAAUUGGAAAAGCAACUGCUUUGCUUUUCGCUAAAAAUGGCUAUGAUUUAUCGUUGACUGGAAGAAAUCAAGCUGCGCUUGAAGAAGUUGCAAGUUUAUGUCGACAACAAGGAGCACCACAGGUACUCAUAAAUUAAUAUUUUCGAGGAACUCUUAUUUUUGUAGGUAAUUGUAACUGCAAUUGAAUUGACUGAUGAAAAUGCGCCAAAACAAAUUGUUGAAGCAACAUUGGCAAAAUAUUCAAAAAUUGACACGUUGAUAAAUUCGGCUGGAAUUUUGAGAAAUGGAAUGGUUAUUGAUUCCGAAAUAGAUGUUUAUGAUGAAAUUAUGAAUGUGAAUGUCAGAAGGUUAAUCAGAUAACUAUUUUGAAAACAAUAUAUGUUAAUCCUAAUGUUUCAGCUUAAUUCGUCUAACUCGUUCCGCACUUCCUCAUAUUAUUGCUCAAAAAGGAACUAUUGUGAAUGUUAGCAGUAUAACAGGUCCAUGUCCGGUAAGUUAAAACCACUUUAAAAAAUAUAUUUUAUAAUUAUUUUUUCACAGUUUCCUGGUGUAACUUAUUAUUGUAUGACAAAAGCUGCAGUCGAUCAAUUCACAAAAUGUUUGGCUUUGGAAAUGGCACCAAAUGGUGUUAGAGUAAAUGCAGUUUGGUUAGUUUUGUGAAAAUUAAAAUUUUGAAAUUCAACGACAAUAACUUUUUUUAAGUCCUGGAGUAGUUGUUACAAAUUGCCAUUUGGCUUCUGGUCAAAGUGAAGAGACUUAUAAAGAGGUAUGAAAAACAUUUAAAACUUUUAAACAAUUAGCAUUUCAGUUUUUGGAAAAAUGCAAAACUACGCACGCAUUGGGUCGCACUGGAACUCCAAAUGAAGUUGCCGAAGGAAUAUUAUUUUUAGCUUCGGAUAAAAGUUCAUUUACAACUGGAGAAUUGCUUCGUAUUGAUGGUGGAAGAGGAAUUAUGCACCCAAGAUGA